AGUCGCGACUUCGCAGAAGCUGCCCCCUUGACGAUGACGACGACUAGGGCGACGUCGACGUCGAGAAAUCGCUAGACAACAUUUCGCAACUCCCACCGGGGGGAAAACGCCGGUCGCUAGCGCUGUACGCGCGAUUUUUUAACGCCCCGUGCCAGAGGGCGCACACACGCGCGCGUUAAAGAGUCUCGAAGUCAGAGUGGACGAAUUGAACCGACGCGAGGCGUCGCACACCUUCGCUUAUGUACAAGGUGUGAAGAAGAGCGGUGAUUCUGCAGGAUUAACUUUCCCGAGAAGAGGUACCAGAGCAACGAGCAUGCGCACUGGGCUACUGGGCGCAGUGGUAGUGAUCUCCCUUGCGAGCACAGCAACGGUCACUGGAGACAACUCGACCAUUCUCGUGCGGUCCAAGAGGCAAGGUAUUUUAGGAUCACUGUUCAAGCCUGUUCUCGAUGCUGGUAGGCCAAAGCGGCAGCAACAACCACCUCAGGGCACCGAGCAUCCUCAUGGAGCGCCUAUCCAGGACAAGAAUGUCGUGAACCAGUUCCUGGAGAAUCUUCAGAGGUCGAAGUACAACUUCAACGUCCCGAGAAGGCGCUCUUCCUUCUUCGGGCCGGCUAUCAAUGCUCUCAGACAGUUUCAAAUAUGCACCACGCCACUCACAACGCCUGGGAAAUGCCGAUACGUCAGGGAAUGUGUGCUUCCCGCGUUUCUGGAAAACUUUGACCUGUUUCUCAGUUACUCAUGUGUAGUCAGCAAUCGUCACCUCGGUGUGUGCUGUCCCGAUGAGUUCUUCGGCAGUUUCCUGAGUCCACGCAAACCUUUGUUUCCCAUUCUGAGUGGCAUUCUUAACAUCGGCAAGAAACCGCCUAGUCCGCCGCCCGUACAAAAUCCCGACUACGAGGAUGGCCCCGGUGGGCCCCAAUUUCCCAAUGUCGAUCAGCCGCUAACGCCCAACGAGCCAGUGGACGGGCAUGGAGGUGUACCUCCCCAAAACCAGCCCGUGCAGCCCCAGCCUCAGCCACCGGUGGAACCUCAGCCACAGCCACAGCCGCAGCCACAGCCACAACCUAGUCCAGUGACAAGACCUCCUCCAGUGCAACCCCCACCAGUGCAGCCUCCACCAGUGCAACCUCCACCUGUGCAACCUCCACCGGCACUACCUACACCAUCGCGGCCACCCAUCGGGCAGCCUCCGAGACCUCCCCCUAGCAACUCACCAACAGUCAAUGCACCCAUCCAGUUUCCAGACGACGAUGAGGAAGAGGCGGAAGCGCAUGAUGCGUCUGCGCAUCCGCAGAGGCCUCCGUCUCAACCACAGCCUAGCGGUGGGCAGACUAGUAAACGGCAGAAGCCGCUUCCUCCAAUGCCUCCUGGACUGGCUCAGUUAACGACAUCUUGCGGCUUGAACUUCAAGACGAGAAUUGUGGGAGGCACUAUCGCCAAGCCGGAUGACUGGACAUGGAUGGCUGCUCUCCUGCGGAAGGCGGAUGAUGACCAAUUCUGUGGAGGUGCUUUGAUCAGUGAUCGAUAUGUCAUUACAGCGGCCCAUUGCACUCAGGGGCUUCGGCCGCAAAACAUUACGGUGCGUUUGGGAGAGUACGACUUCAAGACGAACACGACUAGCCGGCUGCCUCGAGACUUCAACGUGUCGCGCAUUCGGCAGCACCCAGAGUUCCGCAAGGACACGUACCAGAACGACAUCUCCCUGCUGCGCAUGAGUCGCCGAGUGCGUUUCACGGAGAAUAUCAGGCCCAUCUGCCUGCCCAAGAGUCCCGAAGAGUCCUUCAUCGGCAAACUGGCCACCGUCGUCGGCUGGGGAACGCUGUCUUUCGGCGGCCCAUCCAGCUCCAUUCUGCGUCAGGUAUCACUACCGGUAUGGGACAACACAGAGUGCAAGACCAAGUUUACGCAGCAAAUCCCCAAAAUCUUCCUGUGUGCCGGCACACGGGAAGGUGGUCAGGACGCCUGUCAGGGAGAUUCCGGAGGACCCCUGAUGGUCGAGGGGGACAGCACUCAGUGGACAUUAAUAGGAGUUGUGUCGUGGGGCAUAAAGUGCGCCGAAAAGGGCCUGCCGGGUGUCUACACGAGGAUCACAGAAUUUCUCGGCUGGAUCUACGAGAAUGCUGUGACUAAAGGGCGCCCCAGUGACGAGUGGAGUUUUCAACUAGGGCGGCAGAAAGGGUUCGCUAUGACCAGAGCUACAUUACUGGCCGUGUUCGCUUUGUGGGGACUCGUAGCGUGUGGACAUUGUGCGUUGGGAUACGUGUGGAACCAAUCGGAGAAUGAGCCAACCUACACACACGAAGGCUUCGGGCGAAGUGGCAGAACGCAAGACGACCCGGAGCAUUUGGAGCACCACGUCGAGAUUGUUUCCAGCUGGCCUAAAGAAGGUUCGGAAGAUCGGAGUUCAACGUCUGUGGAUGACCCGGAGUCGGCAAGUUACGUGCGGCCUCCAAGCCGCCACAAUACUGUCAACAGCCGCCGGCAGGGUCCAAUCACAGAAAGUCACAUCGUAGCAAAGUUCGUCGACAAGCUGCAGCGUUCUCUAGAGCGUUCAACGCAGUUCACAAGCCGUGCCGACUACCAUGCCUGCCUGAUGCCCAACGGAAGCAAGGGAUGUUGCACUCCCGUCAGGUUGUGCGUGUUGCCCGUGUUCCUGGACAGUCUGGACGUGUUCCUUAAGUACACGUGUGCUAUAGACAAUGACCACAUUGGUGUGUGCUGUCCCACAGAGUUCGUUCCGAACACGAACAUACCUCGGCGACCCGACGGCACCUUCGUCAUUGCCACCGUCCUCAGUCCCAGUCCUCCGCGACCUACGAAGAACACGACAGUCCACGUCACCCCGACGCCUGGUCCCUGGCCUCCCGUGGUGCGCGACGAACCACGGUAUCCCCUGGAAUCAGGUCACGGCGGUGGCGACCAUUUGCGUCAAACAAUUUUCUUGCGGCGAAAGAGGCACGUGCCACCAAUACGUGACAACGAGGGCAGACCCAGCAGCAAUCCCGGUACCAAGCCGAGCGGCUAUCCCAGUUCAAAGCCAGGCGAGUACCCGGACAGCAAGCCGAGCGACUACCCAGCCAGUCGGCCGGGUGACUAUCCCGGCACCAAGCCAAGUGGGUAUCCGGGUAACAGACCCAGUGACUCUUCGGGCAGUAGACCGGGUGUCUACCCGAGCAACAGGCCGAGUGAUUCUUCAGCCAGCAACCCGAGUGGCUACCCGAGCAACAGGCCGAGUGAUUCUUCGGGCAACAAACCGAGUGGUCAUCCAAACAACAGGCCGAGUGACUCUUCGGGCAACAGGUCGAGCCACCACCCCAGCAACAGACCGCAAGACGGCACCAACACUAAUCGAGCUACAAGCCGGCCUGCUGGCAGGCCGGACCCUGACGCUCACUCGCACAUGAAGAGAAACCCGUCAAAGCCCAUGCCACCGGAACUGGAGGAACUUAAACAGACUUGCGGAAUCCCCGUGCUUCACAAGAGAAUCAUUGGUGGGAAUGAAGCUAAUCCCAACAAAUGGGCGUGGAUGGCUGCCCUCCUGAGAAGCGACACCGGCGAGCACUACUGCGGUGGAGCCCUCAUCAGCAACCGAUACGUCAUAACGGCAGCUCACUGCACAGAUGGUUUCAAGGCUUCCAACAUAACCAUCCGGCUGGGUGCCCACAACAUCCAAGAACCGUCUGAAAACGUGCGAGAUAUCGAGGUGUCCCGCAUCCGGGAGCACCCUGGCUUCCAAAAGGACACGUUCAUGAACGACAUCUCUGUACUGAGGCUCAAGCGUCCCGUCACGUUCAACGAGUACAUCCGGCCCGUCUGUCUACCCGAGCGUGGCGACGAAACUUACUUCGGGAAGACCGCCAUCGCCACCGGCUGGGGCACGCAGACUUUCGGUGGACCUUACAGCGAGGUUCUACGUGAAGUGAAGCUCGUCGUAUGGAACAACACCGAAUGCGACAACCGGUUCGUACAACCAAUCACCGAGGUGUUUCUCUGCGCCGGACCGAAGAGAAGGGAAGGUGACGCCUGUCAGGGAGACUCCGGCGGCCCACUGAUGGUGCAGUCGAGGUCGAAGCAGUGGACCUUAGUCGGCGUCAUUUCCUGGGGCAUCAAAUGCGGAGAGCCAGGAGUCCCAGGGAUCUACACACGCAUACCACAUUUCCUGGAUUAUAUUUAUGAACACGCCGUCAAUCAGUGACCACAAACUUCACGCGCAUUUAAUAAACUCACUUCAUAGUCA